AGAAAAUAGCAAUCUCUCUCUCUCUAUCUAUCUAGAAUGCAAAUUCAACUUCAUCUCUCAGGAAGAAGAAAACCCUAGUAAUACUUCAGAUUGAUUUCCGGUCAUGAUUUUGCAUUAGAAAAUUGAAUCUCUGUCAAGGUACUAGGAAGCUAGCUAGUUGGCUGUUACCUGUUACAGAGUUUUACGUUGAAAUAUUUGACCUCCUGAGUAUCUUAUGGAUUCAUUAAACUUUGUGUAUUUAUACGUUAUUUCACGAUGAUUUAGCAAAAGUUUCAUGUUCAGUUGACAUUCGUGUGUAAAAAAGUGUUCUUUGCAAAAGUUAUGGAGUUUGCAGAUCGAGUGGAUGCUAAUGGUCCGGAAACCAAAGGAUUGGCUGCACGUAAUCAUCUUAAGCUAGAUGAUAGAAGGGAAAUAAGGGGUGGGAUUACAGGUGACGGACAGGGACUGUCAGAAGAAGAUGAAUCGAGAGUUAAUGGGGAUACUGAAAGAGGAAAAGGUGGAUCUGUGGAUGUGACAAUGGGCAAUUCUGUUCAGAAGAGAUCAUUUCAGCAGUCUCAAGGGCCUGUGGUUCACUGGGAAAGGUUUCUUCCACUUGGGUCUCUCAAGGUUCUGCUGGUGGAAAAUGAUGACUCUACACGCCAUGUUGUAAGCGCACUGCUUAGAAAUUGCAGCUAUGAAGCCGUGGCUGUGUCAAAUGGUAUGGAAGCAUGGAAUAUUCUGACAGAUCCGACUACUCACAUUGAUCUUGUUUUGACGGAGAUAAGCAUGCCUAGUUUAUCAGGAAUUGGUCUUCUAUCAAAGAUUAUGAACCAUAAAAGCUGCAAAAAUCUUCCAGUGAUUAUGAUGUCAUCUAAUGACUCUAUGGGUAUAGUUUUUAAGUGCUUAUCAAACGGUGCAGUCGAUUUUUUAGUGAAGCCUAUCCGGAAGAAUGAGCUUAAAAAUCUCUGGCAGCAUGUUUGGAGGAAAUACCACAGUUCUAGCUGCAGUGGAAGUGGAAGUGAAAGUGGUGUGCGGAUCCAGAAAUCUGUGAAGUCAAACACUACUGAUGGAUCAAAUAACAAGAGUGAUAGCAAUGAGGAAGAUGACAUAGGAAGCAUUGGUUUGAAUGUUAGGGAUGGAAGUGAUAAUGGAAGUGGCACUCAGAGUUCUUGGACUAAAAGGGCUGUAGAAGUUGAUAGCCCUCAACCUAUGUCGCCUCCUGAUAGUACAUGUGCUCAGGUUAUCCAUUCAAGGCCUGAAGAAUUUUGUAACAACCGGGUGCCAGUAACUUCCACUAUCGAACGCCAUGGAGAAGAAUGCAAUCUUGAUGAUGGGAUGGAAAAAGACUUGGAGAUCAAAACGACAUCUACUCCUGCAGAAGCGUCAAAUAUUGACCAGUUUUUUAUUUUGGAAUCUGGAAAAGAUGGGAAGGAGCCAGAGAAAGGAAAACUUGAGAAGAAUGAUACAAUUAAUGGUAAAAUUAAGAAGAAAUCUGGUGAUGAAAUUGUUGCCAGUGUAAAUAGGUCUGAUUCCAAGGUGGAGAACUUAGCCACUGCUGUUGAAAGUAAUGUCACCAAGAUGAACAUCAAAGGAAAAAAUGUCUGUUGUUCAAAGGAUAUGCCUUCCCAUGAACUCAAUUUGAAGAGAAUGAAAGAUGCUGAAGAAAAUGGGUUGAGCACCAUUGAUAGAAAUGUUUUCAAACACUCUGAUCUCUCAGCCUUCUCAAGGUAUAACACUAUAUCAAUCACUAACUUAGCACCAACUGGAAAUGUUGGCAGCUGUUCACCACUCGAUCAUAGUUCGGAAGUGGCAAAGAUUGAAAUGGUCCAAAAUUUUCAAUCUAAUUCAAACGGGACCCCUAAUCAGGGUUCAAAUGAAAGUUGCAACAACAAUGACAUGGGUUCCACCACUAAUAAUAUUAAAUCAUUAGCUAAUUCUGUUGUCAAGCUUCAUCCUUGCUCCACAUUUGAUCCAGCUGAAAAUCCCCCCCUCACUGCACCGAAAGAUAAUAUGUUGGUUCAAGAAAGGGGCGGCAUGAAUCAACAGGUUCAAGUUCAGCACCAUCAUCAUCAUUACCACCACCAUCACCAUCACGUCCAUGGCUCAAAACAACAACAACUACAAUUCCUAAACCAUGAUAAUAUGUCUCUCAAAAAUCCUAAUGCAUCAAAAACACCUAGGGAAGGUAAUGCUGCUAACUACACUUUAAAUGGAAGUGGUUCUGGUAGUAAUAAUGGGAGUGAUGGGCAAAAUGGAAGUAGUGACCAAAUUGGUAGUAGUACUGCUAUAAUUCAUGAAGGAGGAGAGAACAAGCCAGUGGCAAUUAUAGAUAAUGGAGUAGCUGGAAUAGGUGCAGUUGGUGCUAUAACUGCCAAUGGAAGUAGUGUUGGAUUUGAUAAGAAUGGUGUCAAUGGGCUCACACAAAGAGAAGCUGCUUUGAAUAAAUUCCGCCAGAAGAGAAAGGAUAGGUGCUUUGAGAAAAAGGUGCGAUAUCAAAGCAGGAAGAGAUUAGCUGAGCAGAGACCGCGGAUUAGAGGACAAUUUGUACGACAAAUAGUUGCUCAUGAAAAUGAGAGUAAUGAAGAGGAUGGCUAGCUAGCUAGGAUCCAAUUCAAUGUAUUAAUCAAGAACAAUCCUCUGUAUGUACACGGAAAAGGAAGUUGCAUGUGAAAAUGAGAUAGUAUGGAAAGAGAAGAACCAGCAAACCUACCAAGGACUUUUCAAACUAAGAACAAUGAUUGAGAUGAAAAAGAGAAAGAGGAUCCAUUAUAUGUAAUGUAAGUCAUGUUGAAUUUGUAGCUUCUUGAUUGAUUGACUGACUGCAUUUUCUGCUGCUUUUUGUUAACAAUUAUCAUUUAGAA